AUGAUUUCAUCUUUUACAUUUAUUCUUUUCACUAUAAUAUUUCAAUAUUGUAAUUUUAAUGGACUGAUCCGUGGUGAUAUCUUAUCACCCAACAAAACAUUAAUUUAUAAUAUAACACAAAUUCUCGAUUCAAUUCUUUUCAAUCAUGAUCGACAUUUUAGACCAAUUAAUGAAGAUCCUUACUUACCAUUACAAGUUGAAAUUGAUAUUUCUGUGCGUAGCAUUGGACCAAUAUCAGAGCAGAAAAUGGAAUUCUCAUUAGAUUGCUAUUUCCGUCAGAAAUGGUUGGAUCGACGUUUAGCAUUUGAAAUGUUUGAUAAAACCAAGGAUUUGCCAAUAUCUAAUAAAAUGCUGAAGGAUAUAUGGAAGCCAGAUACUUACAUUCGAAACGGACGACACUCAUAUUUACAUACUUUAACAGUACCAAAUAUUCUUUUUCGAGUUCGUUACGAUGGACAAAUUCAUAUAUCACAAAGAUUAACAAUACAAAGUCGUUGUGAAAUGUUUUUCAAAAAAUUUCCAAUGGAUUAUCAGGCAUGUCCAAUUGAAAUUGGUAGUUUGGGUUAUUUUUCAAAAGAUAUUAUUUAUGUUUGGAAAAAUGUUGAAUUAGACAUAGCAAUGGGUGAUAUGCUUGCACAGUAUCAAUUAAUUGAUAUUAUUAAAACAUCACACAACUGGUCUAUUCCACAAAAUAACAAUUUAAACAUAUCAGUGCUUAAAGUAUACUUUAAGCUUAAGCGACAACAAAGUUUUUAUAUAUUACAAAUUUAUACUCCGUGUACAUUAAUUGUUAUUGUAUCGUGGAUUAGUUUUUGGAUUAAUAAAGAAUCAUCGCCAGCACGUGUUUCAUUAGGCAUAAUGACAGUACUUUCGGUGUCAACAUUGGGUUUCAGUUAUCGAUCUGAUUUACCAAAAAUUUCGCAUUCAACAGCUCUCGAUAUUUAUAUUAUUUCAUGUUUCGGAUUUGUUUUUGCUGCAGUGAUUGAAUAUGCUAUUAUCAAUCAUGUAAAUACAGCUAACAUCCGGAAAAAAAUAUCAAAAAUAUGCACAUUACCAACACCACUAGUGCAACCGAAACAUAGUGCCAUUACUUAUCAUAGAACAAGGAUUCCACAUUUUAAAUUUCAAUCAAAGCGGCAUUUAUUCACCUCAAAGCAGAUGCGUUCAGUGUUUCAUCGAAUUGCCACUGAAGCAAAUGAAAAAAUGAAAAUAAAGAAUGCAACGAAUGUAGUCAAUCGAAUAGAUUCUGCUUCCAAAAUUGUUUUCCCAUCGCUCUACAUUUUAUUCAAUAUUAUCUAUUGGCUAGCUUUUCUUUAUUGGAUUCCCGAUGAAAUAAACAAUCUCAUUUAG